GAAGAGGGGUGGGUGAGAUGCUCGUUUCAGCACCGCGGACAGCUCCUCGCAGCAGCGGGUCGGUCCUCUCCGCUGCUGGGGAUAAAAAGCGAAAAGACUGAAGCUGAGAUUUUUUUUUUCUUCCUUUGUAGCCUACACCUCUGCAAGGCAGAAAAUUCUAAAUGUUCUUGGUGGGAUGGGCUUAUUUUUAAUGAGCCUGGAGCAAGCGACACAUUUGGAGUGACAGGCUACAGAGAAACCAUCACGGGAGUCCCGAGGUUUGAGUGAAAUCUCUACGAAGUAUCUCGCCACUGAAAGGGGCUCUGCCUCCCCCCGCUGGUCUACAAAGCCCGAAAAAGCUGCUGAUGCUCGGGUAGAAGUUGAGGAGAAAAUAAAAGUGACAACACCGCCUCAGCACCUUCUUCAUCCUGGACUACAGCCUCAUAUAAGUUGCUGGUCUGUUUUUUUCUUUCGACAUCUCUAUUCCGCUGCGCAAUUUUGUGAAAGUAAGCAGAACUGUUUUUUUAUUUAUUGGAUACUUCCGAGACUAAUAUGGGCAAGUAAAGAUCGCUUUUACUUGGUGUUAUAAAGGCUCCUUUCAGCCCACACCAACCCACCGUGAUGUUUUUUCCUUCAGCCAGUGCCAGUGGUGCAAGGCUUUGAUGCGCCCGGAUACAUCUCUCCUAGUUUGCAGCACUGAUUCGUUCAAGUCCCCCAUCUCUGUAUUUUUCAAUAUUUGGAAAUAGCAAAGGGAAGCCCCACAUUUGAACAACUACUAGAAACUGGUAGAUAAAAUGGUCAUGGAUCGAUAAAAAAAAAAAAAGACAACUCUGAGAUUAAGUUGAAUAACCGUAAACCAGCUUAGCAACUUUUGACAGAUAGGCUACUUGGUUUUCUUUUCCUUGUUUUGUGACUGGUUAUAAGAAAACAGUGUGUAGCCUGUUUGUAGCUGUUCAUGACGGAAACAAUGGCGCUGAGUGGGAACUGUAGGACUAACCCCAAAGAGCAAGCAUCGGUUCAGAACAGUUUCCCAGAUGUUGUUGAACUCAACGUUGGGGGGCAAGUUUAUUACACGCGCCACUCAACUUUGGUGAACAGCCCGAGCUCUUUACUCGGUAAGUUAUUCUCCUCUAAAAAAGACGCCUCUAACGACUUGGCUAGAGACCCCAAAGGACGGUAUUUCAUCGACAGGGACGGGUUCCUAUUCCGGUAUGUCUUGGACUACCUCAGAGACAAGCAGGUCGUACUGCCGGAUCACUUUCCGGAGAGAGGGAGGCUCAGGAAGGAGGCGGAGUACUUCCAACUGCCCGACUUAGUGAAGCUCCUGACCCCGGACGAGAUCAAAUGUAGCCCUGACGACUACUUCCACAGCGAUUAUGAGGACGGGUCCCAGGGCAGCGACCACCGGCAGUGCCCGCCCCCCUCUCUCGUCCCCGCGGACCGGAAGAGCGGCUUCAUCACGGUGGGGUACCGAGGCUCGUGCACCAUGGCCCGGGAGAGUCAGAGCGACGCAAAAUUCAGGAGGGUACCUCGGAUACUGAUAUGCGGCCGCGUGGCCCUCGCCAAAGAAGUUUUCGGGGAGACCCUGAACGAGAGCCGGGACCCAGACAGGACCCCGGAUCGGUACACGUCCCGGUAUUACCUCAAGUUCAAGCACCUGGAGAGAGCUUUUGACAUGCUGUCGGAGUGUUGUUUCCAAAUGGUGGCCUGCAACUCGUCAGUCACGGCCUCGAUGGUCAACCAGCUCACAGAGGACAAAGUGUGGUCCAGCUACACAGAAUACGUCUUCUACCGUGGUCCAUCACGUUGGUCAUCCCCUCCUUGUGACUGCUGCUGCAAGAACCACAAGGGCGAUGGUGAGGGCGAGAGUGGCACCUCUUUCAAUGACCUCUCUACUUCGAGCUCCGAGAGCCAAUCGGAAGCCAGCUCUCCCCAGGGAACAGUCAUCCGCGGCCCAGUCAGCCGCCAGUCGCAUCCCCGCGCCACCGUCCAAACCUUGGACAGGCCCCCGAAAAAAGGCCCCGUCACCAUGAUCCAACAGUCAGAGCAGAGGAGGAAGAGUGACUUGCUGCGCACUCUCACUGCAAGCUCCCGGGACACCAGCACCUGCAAGAAAAGGCCUGCGAAAGAGAAGCUAACCGUGGAGGAGGAGCUGGAAAAGUGCAUUCAAGACUUCCGCAAGAUCAAGAUCCCAGAGAGGUUUCCUGAGAGGAAAUACAACUGGCAGGCUGACCUGCUGCGAAAGUACCGCCUCUGAAUCAGGAAACAGGACAAGGCGAAUGGACACAAGAGGCCAAGGAUCAGUUUACAUGUUUUUGAUCACGACUUUUGCAACAAAAGGGAGCUAACACCAAACUUAUUUGCAUCCAGUUUCUUUGGGAAACUUCCUCUUUGUGCAAGUGCGUUGGAAGUAAACACAUGAGCUAAUAAAACGGACUGUUCCUUUAUUGACUUAUGUAGUAUGUAUGUGUGUGUAGUUUAGACCUACUGUAUGUAUUGUAAGUAUGUGCUGUACCUUGCUGGAUGCUCGGAGCUUUGAAUAAUUCAUCCCUGAGGACCAAUCAAAGUUGGCAAAAGACAUCCUCUAUGAACCCAUCAACCAACCGAAGGCUUGCUAUUGGCUACAUUGACGGGUUACUGGAUUGUGCACACUGUCAUCCGUCAUCAUUUUACUGGAAAACCACAAAGAAAAAACACUGAUUAAGUACAUGAAUGUGUGUGUUAACGUAUGUGUGUUUGCACUCAGGUGGCCUAGAGGUCAUCGAUAAAUCUGCAUCAGGAUCCAUUAAUAAUUCAUGCUGUCCCGACAGUGCUCUCACUAUAAAUACACCCCUAGCUCUUUGCUGCCAGGACGGCGUAAAAACUGCUAGGUCGAUUACUUUUGGGGAACUUCUUACGCAGGAGGAGGUACAAUUUCAUCAGCGCUACAGUUUAUUUUCUCCUUGUAGUAUCACGUGUAUUGCAAACGUACUCCAUAUGGAUACAACUGCCCCUGCAUUGCACUGAUUUAAGCUGAGUUGGCAAGAUGCAGAGCAACACCCAGGUUAAUGUGUGAGGGAUAAGUGAAAGAGUGAUUUUUUUUUAAUUUUAUUGUAAAACCAUAGGGACUUGCAGAGGUUCAAUUAAGAAAAGUGCUGAUUUAACACACUCACACUCACACCAAAACCAGCAGAACACCCAUUCAUUAACACAUGAGUCACAAAGCAGUUAGUCAUGUGGCCAUUCUAACCAAGCUAAUACAGGCUAACCCAGUCAAUGCAGAUGGAUGCGUUCGACUCCGACUGUUGACAUGGUAAUCAAUAGUUAUUGAUGAUAGGGUCAACUGACAGAGCGGAUAGAUGUGGCUCUUGUUUACAGAUAUUAAUGAAGCCCAUGGGUUAAUGACAGAGUCAAGCUGUUCAUGUAUUGAAUGAAAAUGAGAUAUUAUUAAUGCAUUCAUUAAGUGCUCCUCACUCUGUCAGAUUGUUCUGAUGUGCUUAAAAAAAUCAGCAGAUAUUUAUUUUAAAAGAAGACGAUUUAACUUAAACAGUAGGGUGGAAUUUUUUGUUUUUUUGAAGCUCUUGUUGGAGUCAUAUUACUGACAGAGUGACUUUGACACUUUGCCAGGAUGCAGAUUCAGUUAUUAACAAGUGUAAAUUUCACAAGCACACAGUCAAUCGGUGGUGUUGUAAACAUAAACCUUUCUUUUUGUUUAGUUGUGAUGGUAGACUUGAAAGAUGAUUAAAGCUCUUAAACAUUAUCAGAUAACAUUUAUAAUUACUUUUAACAGGCAGUGAUAUUGUCAUCACAAUCGCUGGUUUAGGGGAGGCGUUUAAAAAUGACAAAUUAUAUGAAAGGAUUGAGCAUAUUGUAAGGAGGAUUGAACAGCUGUGACAACACAUCUGUGAGGGGCAAAUUAAAGCAAAUGCUCUCCAAUCAAAGCACAAGGAUGCUUUCACGCCCUCUUUUUGUUCUAAAUGGAGACUAAUGUAUUCAGACUUAAAGCUUCUAUUAAAGAAAUAAGCUUUAGAUUAUCACAGCAUCAGGUACAAAUCAGGAAAAAUCUGAAAAAGAUGAUUAACAGCUGUGAUAAGAGAAUCUGUGUCAAUAGGCUCAAAUAUAGCUGAAUUGGUUUAUAGCUUAAAGUUAAUAAUGAUUAUAAAUAAAUAUGACAAUAAAAAGGGAGAAGACAAUGGAAAGUUCACAGAAAACCUAGACUGAAAUUUCUCAUCAGAUAUCUGUACUUGCAGUCUUUUAAAGGGCAGGGGAGUGGGCUUUAUAAACAAUCAUUUACAAAGCACAAUGUUGACUCAAUAGCACACAAAAGAAGAAUAAAAUAUGCAGAAGUAUAUUCAAAGAUCAUUUUAUCCGGAAAUAUCCCUCAUAUGUUAAUAUAAAAAGACAAUUUAAAUAUGUUCUAAGAUAGUUAUUUUUCUACUUAGAGGCCCUUUAAUGAAUCAUUUCCUUUAUGUCGCCCAAGAAAUGUAUUCCCUGAGAGAAGUGGUUCACAGUGAGAAAUAAGAAAAUUCUAAUUAUAUUCAGUUAUGUCAGCUGUGGCUUAUUCAAGGAAGCAGUAAAAUGGUUGCAAUAGGUGCUAGGUACAAACCAACCGUUUUGCUUAUGUCAAUACAAUGAAUAUGACUUAUUUUUCUACACUGCUGGAAUAUUACAUUUUCAUUUUAAAGCCAUUUAUCUUAUCAGUUGUAGUUCAGAUAUGUUAAUCCAGACUACACAUCGUAUGUAAAUAAACACCAUAAAUCAUAGCUAACCAGAAUAACGUAUUAUACUCUGUAUAUAACAUGCAAAUCCAUGAGGUGUGGCUGCUCUCUGUUCUUAGUGAUGCAGUAGACUGACGCUAAUGUAAUACAGCCAAUCUUUUUUUGUUUCUUUCAUGUAGUGUUGGGACAUCAGGCAUGAGGGAUAGUACAAAACACAUCUAUAACAUAUGACAUAUUUACACUAUUACAAAUGAUCAGCGUGUUGCUUUUUUUUCAAGACAACAGUGUCACAAACAGCCGCUCAAGCACAUUCGAUGCUGUACUGCCAUCAAUACAUCUGAAGGAUUGCAUUCAGGCCUUAGAAACAACCAAACAACAAAAGGAAAAGUUUAUUGCCCCUUAAGUACAAACUGUUCCACACAAACACAGUGAAACUUUUGUUCCUUUACAGUGCAGACAGAGAGUGUUCGGAUGGUGAUAUGUUUUCUUUUUUGUUCUUCAGGCUGUGCUCUCCAGAACAUUGGAUUUGUAAUGAAACUCCGACUAUGUGGCCAAUGUGCUGACUUACAGCGUCUUACACUGUUUAAGGGUGUUUACAUCCACAUUGGGGGAAAAGUGCAGGAUUCAAAGACAUUUUCCCUCAAUUAUAAAAAAAAAAAUGAAGAAAGAGAGACAGUAUGAACUGACAGGCAAGACUAUAGAGACGUCUUAAAAAUGAAUUUAAUGCAAUCUAUUAGCAAACAAAUAUUAAAUGAAGCAUCUUUAUUUUGCAAUUGUUGGUUUCCCAACCAGUUAUCUUGCAGGCAUACAGUCGCCCUUCAAGAUAAAGCUGCUAUUAUGGACUAAAAAUUCACAGCCUGUUUCAGAUUAAAUGACAUAUGCUGGAGUUAAAGCCAACAAACACCAACACUGACUGCAAUAUAUCCAAAUGUAUAUCCAUCCCAGUGGAUUUUUCUAGCCUAAACCCAAAGAAAAUGCUUCUUUCUUUGGAUAACAGGAGGAAAUAGCUCCCUUUCAGCAUAAGAGCAUAGAAAAGUUUGGUCUCAUAUUACCCAUAAUCAAAGUGAUUCAAGUUGCUGGUACAAUAAUGGUCUGUCAACUAUCCAAGUAAAGUAAACAGUUGAUUCUUGAAUUAUAGUAAAGGUGAAAGAGAAGUUUUGCGUAGCUUUUUGUGUUUUCUUCAACAUCUGCAGUCGUUAGUCGUGUGCUGUUUAUAUUCAGCCCAAUUUAAGGGAAAAAGAAGUAUAAAUGAAGGAUCAUGUUUGCUUGACUCUGCCUGCAAUUUUAAAAAAAAUGCAUUGGGUUUGUUUUCUAAGACAUGGUUGAACUUAGAGAUUUAUCAGUCAGAAAAAUAUCUGGUGGAAUUUAAGUCAGAAAAAAAAAUGUGCCGUUGAACAUACACAGAGGGAAAAUUAAUACCAAGACACCCGGUGGCCUUCUAGAGUAGACUACAGCUGUUUUUGCACAAUGUAUAAAGUUAAUAAAGAAACACAAAACAAGAAAGUAUUUGAAAAAAAUAUAUAUGUUAAUAAUCACCUUACAUGCACAACUCUUGAGCGUGAAUGAUUGUAUGUCAAGUUGACCAGUUUUCACCUUUAGAGCACUUGAGACAAUAUUCAGUUCUUUGUGUCUGAAAAGAACAGCAGAUGAAGUACAUUUUAUCGAUAAUGACUGCUUUUUUGUCAAUUGUGAUGUAUGAAAAAAAGAGAGAUUGUGAAAUAAUGUUGAGUUCAUUGAUUUAUAUCAUUUUGGAGUGCCGGACUGUGAUUUUCUUCCCUGCAGAUAUAGUCACGCACUGCAAGUGAAGCCUGUUCAAAUGACUGUUUGCAGGCCUGUUUUUUUUCUCCCCCCCCUGACAAGCCUGCGAUCAACAAAGGAAAUCACGUUAUUCUGACACCACAGUGGUAGAUCAGGCACAUGCUGUUCAAAAACAAAGGGCGUCUGUUUUGAUUGUUGUUGUUCUGACACUAAAAAGUAAAAAAGAAAAAAUGGUUCAGAAACAUUGUGAGCAUGUUGGUAUAAGAAACCUAUAACAGAUUUUUAACUUAGUCUGUUCUUGUGGAAAAGAUUAUGUCAAAAAUGAUAUUUAACAGAAAAAUGAAAAGCUGCAAAAAAAAAAGAAGAAAAAAAAAAGAAAAAAAGAUAAGCACAAAUGUGUUGAUAGUGUCUGCUGUUCCCUCACAGGUGUAUAACAUUAUCAGAUAAAAAGUCAACUCUGCAGAGUGACCGAGCUCCUGCAAAACAGAACGACUCUCACCGGGGAAAUAUUUGUUUCACUAUGAAUUAGUCACAACAUAAUAACUGCUAUUUUGAUAAAUAAUAAAGUAUUAAGAAGAUGUCUUAAAGUUUUUUGAUCUCGAAAUUGAAUGCACAUUUACUUCUAGAUACAAAAUGAAUAUUAUUCAUGAACAGUCAAAACCUCCAUGGUGAGAGCUGCCCUGUAUUACAGGUGUUAUUUUGUCUGCCUUUAGAGACAACACAAUUCAUCUGAAAGUCUUUAGAUACAAAGCAUAUGGUCAUUUUGAAAUUGUAUGACAACAACCAAUAAACAAGACAUUCUGUAUAGUGA